GGAGCAGACAUCAGACAGCGACAAACAGAAAAUGAGUCCCGAGACCAAAUCGGGCGGCAAGGAGACGAGCUCGACCAACGAGGCCGGCUGUCAUUGCGGAUACAUCAAGUUUUCAGUGACCCUGUCUCCGCCGCUGUCCGAGGCCAAAGUCCUAGAUUGCGGCUGCUCCAUCUGCCGUCGUGCCGGCUACUUGCUUGUCUACCCGAAGCGUCAUCAGCUGAAAUGGCACGGUGACUCCCAAAGUCGCUGCGCAGUAUAUCAGUUCAACACCAAGCAGAAAGAUCAGCUGUUCUGCCCCAAGUGCGGCAGCAGCAUCGGGAUUGAUUUCCGCGACGUCAGGGAUGGAUACGGUAUCAGUGUCCGCACAUUUAACAACAUCAACCUGGCUGAUCUCAAGUACCACGUUGGCGACGGGCUGAACGAUGUCGAACCAGCUACUGACUUGUCGGGUAUGUGGUACGAGGAGGAUGAUGACGGCCCAAAAGACGGAAAGGACAGGGCGUAAGGUGACGGGAGAACGGUGGUAGAUCGACACCAUAUCAUUAUCAUCGCUGGGAAAUCACGAGCGGCAGCAUUGGUACUUGCAGCUUUGUUCAUGGUUUAGUUUUUUAGCAACUAUCAAUUUGACAAACGCGCUCAUUGCUUUGAC